AUGAAAGUGCAGCUAAGAAUGUAAGAAUUAUCAAUAUUUUCAGAGCUAAUUAAUAAGUCAAUAAGCAAUUCAGAUUUAGUUCAUUAAUCACGUCAUCGCAAUACUUUACAUUUAAUAGAAACAAACUAAUUGGGGCAAUCGAAUUAUUGGAAAAUUUUAAUGUAAUUGGAAGUGGAGAAUUGGAGUCGGAAAGGAAAUCAAGUUUGA